ACUUCUUCUUUCCCGCCUUUGCAUUCAUCGAGGUCGUCGUUGCCCUCGUCGUUGACUCAGACUCUCCACCACUAACAUCCUUUCGUUUGUCGGAAGAGGGAGCCGCCCCUGCAUUUGGGAAAGCAGUAGAAGAUGUGGCAGUUGUGGACGACUUGGCAGCAGACGCCCUCUUGGCAGCAGAUGCCGUGACAGCAGCUGAUGAGGCAUUGGCAGCAGAUGACGUGGCAGCAGAUGACAUAGCAGCAAAUGGCGUAGUAGCAAAUGGCUUGGUAGCAAAUGGACUGUCAGCAGAUGACGUAGCAGAAGAUGACGUGGCAGCAGAUGACAUAGCAGCAAAUGGCUUGGCAGCAAAUGGCUUGGCAGCAAAUGGUACCGGUAGGGGCAUCUCGAAAAUUUUCCUGCUGGCUUUUAACGGCCAUCGGGUAGGGGCAUCCCGCGCAAAUUAGGGUCCAGUACCGGUAGGGGCGCAACGAAAAGAUUCGAGGCCCAAACGACACCGGGGUCUUAUGAAAAAUUUGAACAC